GUUAAAACCCUGGAAACUAGGGUUUAUAGUUUAGGGAUUUGAUGUUUCAGCUAUAACAACAUCAAUGGAGGGAUUGAAGGUAUCUGAUGCCGAAUUGGUGCUGUAUUUACAUCCCUCAAAGUCCAAAAAUGUGUCUCAAGCCAUCUUCGGUGAACUAAGUUCAAUGCUUUUCAAGUUCAAUGAAACAUUCGAUGGUGUUCUGUUGGCUUACAGUGCUUCUACUCAAAAAGAGUUGGCAAAGAUUCUUCCAGGCUUGAAUCCUUACUUUGGUGUGAGACUACAAGCACAACUCUUACUUUUCUAUCCAAAACCAGAUAUGCUUUUAGAAGGAAAGGUGGUGAAACUUGCAGAACAGUCUAUACACAUUGUUGUUCUUGGUUUCUCAUCAGCAACCAUUAUAGAAGAAGAUAUUCGUGAAGAAUUUAGUUACAAAGUUAAACAUGGGAAGGAAGUAUAUGGUAGCACAGUUAAUAAGCGCCAUAAGAUAGAGAUUGGAACCAUUCUACGUUUUGUUGUCAAGAGUUUUGAUGAGGAAAUACUUCAUAUAUCCGGAUCAUUGCUUCCAAAUCACACAGGAAGUGUUAGCUGGUUGGAUAAACCUGCAGAAGAGGCACAUACUGAGAGUAAUACCAAGAAGAGGAGAGAAGUUGAAAUGCAGAAUGACAAAGUGUCAGAGGAUUCAUUUGCUGAUAAGCAUCGGGUGAAGAAGUCAAAGAAGAAACAACACAGUAGAAAUGGCAUGUGAAAUAUUUUCAUUGAAUUGUUGUGAUUUGUAAGCAAGUAGGUAAUUCUUGAGGGGGUAUAUGUUGGUACAGCAGUAGUUAAAUGAUGAGUUGGAUAAAAUUCAAUGCCAUGUAUGCCAAUUUUUGUAUUGUUGUAGUUGAUGGUAGUCUCCAGC